UCACACAAACACACUUUCUCUUUACGUCCGUCUUUCUGCGUCUCGCUCAGUCAUAAUGGAGCCCGGCAGUCCGAAAAAGAUCCAGUUUGCUGUGCCUCCGCUGCAGGGCCAGCUCGACCCACAGGCAGCCGAACAUAUCCGCCGCAGAAGACCGACUCCUGCCACCCUGCAGAUCUACAGACCCAGUUCAGAUGUUGGAGACCACCAGAACACCAGCGGAGACCCUCAGGUUCUGCAGACUUCAGAUGCCUCUCAGAGGAAGCAGAGCACUUACGCUCCUCCAACCAUGAAAG